UCAGCAGUCGACCCACUUGAAUGCCAAUUCGGGACCCUUCCCAGUCCAUCCCAUCAUGGUACCAAAUCUUGACGACCCUGUUGAGCAAGAGAAAUCUCACGAAAUGUCAGAACCUAUUAUAAAUUCAAAAAUUCAAGACAAGUAUGACCAGCUUGAAGAGAGGCUUAAAACGGUUGAAGGUAAUGACACUUAUGGGGUUAUUGAUGCCAAUGAGCUUAGCCUAGUGCCUGACUUGGUUAUCCUACCAAAAUAUAAGACCCCAGAUUUUGAGAAAUACAAUGGGACAAAGUGUCCAUCUGCUCAUAUCACCAUGUUUUGUAGAAAGAUGACGGGUUAUACCCAUAAUGACAAACUAUUGAUACACUAUUUUCAGGAUAGUUUGACUGGUUCAGCAGCUAAAUGGUACGUGCAAUUAGAUCGAAAUAAGAUCAGUUCAUGGAAAAACUUGGCCAAAGUUUUUCUUGCUCAGUAUAAGCACGUCUUGGAUACAGCCCCUGAUAGACUGUCAUUACAAAAUAUGGAGAAAAAGUCGACGAAAACCUUCAAAGAAUAUGCACAUCGGUGGAGAGAUGUAGCAGCUCAAGUACAACCACCACUGACUGAAAAAGAGAUAAUCGUGCUAUUCGUCAAUACACUGAAGGCCCCGUAUUAUGACAGAUUGGUGGGAAAUGCCACGAAAAACUUCUCUGACAUAGUAAUUUCAGGGGAGAUGAUAGAAAACGCUAUUAAAAGUGGUAAAAUUGAAGGGUUUGAAAAGAAGAUAGCUACCUUAAGGAAGAAAGAGCAGGAGACACAUGUUGUCACUCACACAAAUCCCCCACACCAUCCUUUUGUUUCAUAUAACCCACACCCCCAUUACUACUCUACCAUAAACCAAAUCUCUCAAUAUUUGUAUCCUCGACUUGUUAAGAAACAUCUGCUUGCUCCUAUUAUUAUUAAACCUUUGAAACCUCCGUUUCCCAAAUGCUGCCAUUAUCACAAAGGUGCUCUGGGGCAUUCUAUCGAGAAUUGUCACCAAUUUCGUCAAAAGUAUGAUUAUGAUGUCGUAGUCAACCCAGAUACUGCCAACAUAACGGGUGUAGGAGGCAUAACCCGAAGUGGCAGGUGCUAUACCCUAGAGGCUCUAGAAAAAGCUAGAAAGGAGAAAGCCAAGGUAGGGGAAGAAAAUAAAAGUCAGAGUGAUCUUGAUGCAACACCAGAAAAAGAAUGUCAGAAGCCAGUAUCUAAGAGUGAAGUAGGUGAAUUUUUGAAGUUAAUAAAACAUAGUGAGUAUAGCGUGGUAGAACAGCUUAACAAGAUGCCAGCUAGAAUUUCGCUAUUGUCAUUAUUGCUCAAUUCAGAGUCACACCGUAAUGCUUUGCUGAAGGUGCUAAAUCAAGCAUAUGUGUCUCACAAUGCUUCUGUUGAAUAUGUGGAACAGCUUGUUGGCAAUCUGACGAUUUCAAACUAUAUUUUCAAUGAUGAAGAAAUUUCUCCUGAGGGUAGAGGAAGUACCAGGGCUCUUCACAUUACUGUGAAAUGUAAAAGUCAUAUAAUGGCUAAGGUUUUGAUUGAUAAUGGCUCAUCCAUCAAUGUUAUGCCUGCAACUACUCUGGCAAAACUCCCUGUUAAUGGAUCUUAUAUGAAACCUAGUCAUAUGAUAGUGAGAGCCUUUGAUGGAACCAGAAGAGAAGUGCUGGGAGAUAUAGAAGUGCCAUUGCAGAUUGGUCCAUGUACUUUCAACGUGAAAUUUCAAGUCAUAGACAUCUCUCCUUCAUAUAGUUGUCUAUUGGGUAGACCGUGGAUCCAUAUGGCAGGUGCUAUCCCAUCCUCAUUACAUCAGAAAGUCAAAUUCAUUGUUGAAGGAAAGCUAACAUGUGUGGCAGGAGAAGAAGAUUUAUUGGUAACUCAAUCGAUAAAUACUCCUUAUGUGGAAUCGGCAGAUGAAGCUUUAGAAUGCUCUUAUAGAUCCUUCGAGAUUGCCAAUGCAACAUAUAUAGCUGGAGGAUCUAAAUUGUAUUCGCCACACUUAUCUAUGACUACUAAAAUGGUAGUCAGACAGCUUACCAAGAUGGGAUGGCGACCUGAAGUCAGACUUGGGAAGAACCUAGUAAGAAUGGUGAAUGAGAAAAGAGAUAAGAAGAUAGCUAAUCUUAAGGGAUAUGAGCUGGAGUCAGAGCCGAUAGUCAUUCCAUACCUCUAUAAUUCUUUUCACUCGGGAGGAUAUAUUUAUCUAGAUUUACCGGGAGCCCCAAGUGCAAGAUUCGUGGAAAAAUUUUCAGAGCUGGCCAUUCAAAUGGUGGAUGAUGGAGAAAAGAAGAGUCGAAGUGAAGAUCUAUUCGUGUACCCUUGUCCUUCAGAUUUUGAGCUGGAUAAUUGGGAAGUUACAGAGCUACCUUUCAUUUUACCUUUCAUCCUUUUCUUUCCUACAUUUUCUUGCCAUUCCAUUUUUGUGUGCCAAUAUUCUCUCCAUAUUACCCUUUGCAGGGUCUCAAACAAUGAACAUGAGGAUAAUCAUGGCAUUAAUCUCGGAUUUGAUUUUGAAAACUUAAUUCAUGUUGAUGAACUUGAUAAUGAGGAAGAUUCAGAUAACUAUACACUGCCUCUUAAUUUGUUAAAAUUAAUAGAACAUGAAGAUAAGCCAAUUGAACCUCACCAAGAAAUUACUGAAUCAGUAAAUUUGGGAGAUGGUGAGAAUAAAAGAGAGGUCAAAGUUGGUACAUCUCUUUUAUCAGCUAAAAGACAGGAGCUAGAAGAGCUGCUUCGAGAAUAUGUAGAUGUGUUCGCAUGGACUUACCAGGAUAUGCCAGGACUCAGCACUGAUAUUUUAGAGCAUAAGUUACCUUUAAAACCAGGAUGUAAGCCGAUGCAGUAAAAGCUAAGGCGCAUGAAACCAGAGAUGCUGCUAAAAAUUAAAGAAAAAGUGAAGAAACAAUUCGAUGUCGAAUUUUUGAAAGUGGCAAAAUAUCCUGAAUGGGUAGCCAACAUAGUGCCAGUUCCUAAGAAGGAUGGAAAAGUGAGAAUGUGUGUCGAUUAUCGAGAUUUGAAUAGAGCAAGCCCUAAGGAUAACUUUCCUUUACCUGAUAUCGAUACUCUAGUGGAUAAUACUGCUAGGCACUCUAUAUUUUCCUUUAUGGAUGGUUUCUCAGGCUAUAAUCAGAUCAAGAUGGCUCGAGAUGAUAUGGAGAAAACUACAUUUGUGACCAUAUGGGGAACAUUCUGUUACAAAGUCAUGCCUUUUGGGUUAAAAAAUGCUGGUGCUACUUAUCAAAGAGCAAUGGUGACUCUUUUUCAUGACAUGAUGCAUAAAGAGAUAGAAGUGUAUGUAGAUGGUAUGAUUGCAAAAUCUCGUGAAGGAGAGGAUCAUAUAGUCAGUCUCAAAAAGCUGUUCGACAGGUUGAAAAGAUUUCAGUUGAAGUUGAAUCCUGCCAAAUGUACAUUUGGAGCCAAAUCAAGAAAACUAUUAGGCUUUGUAGUCAGUGAAAAAGAAAUUGAAGUUGAUCCAGAUAAGAUACAAGCCAUCCAAUACUUAUCCCCUCUUCAUACCUCAAAAGAAGUGCGAGGCUUCUUAAGGAGAUUAAAUUAUAUUGCUCGCUUCAUCUCUCAACUCACUUAUAAGUGUGAUCCUAUUUUCAAGCUUCUCAGAAAACAUGAUCCUGGAGAAUGGAAUGAUGAAUGCCAAAAAGCUUUUGAUAAGAUCAAAGAAUACUUGUCAAAUCCACCUGUGUUAGUGCCACCAAUGCCAGGAAAACCUUUGAUUUUGUACUUGACAGUGCAUGAAAAUUCAAUGGGAUGUGUGCUGGGGCAAAGAGAUGAAACUAAUAAGAAAGAACGAGCAAUUUACUAUUUGAGCAAGAAGUUCACUGAUUAUGAGUCAAAGUAUUCACCAUUAGAGAAGAUGUGUUGUGCAUUAACCUGGACAGCUCGAAGGCUUAGACAAUACAUGCUUUAUCACACUACUUGGCUCAUAGCAAAGUUGGAUCCUAUUAAGUAUAUCUUCGAAAAGCCCUCAUUGACAGGAAGAAUAGCACGGUGGCAAGUUAUGCUUUCAGAAUAUGAUAUCAUUUACGUAACUCAAAAAGCUAUUAAAGGGAGUGCAAUAGAUGAAUUUCUAGCUGAUCGUGCAGUUGAAGAUUAUGAGCCAAUGAAAUUAGAUUUUUCUGAUGAGGAUGUGAUAGCCAUUGAAGAAAAUGAACCUGUUGAAAAAUCAUGGAGGAUGUAUUUUGAUGGAGCUACUAAUGCUUUGGGUCAUGGUAUUGGGGCAAUUUUGAUAUCUCUUGAUGGACAUUAUUACCCCAUCACAGCCAGAUUAAAUUUUAAUUACACAAACAAUGUGGUUGAAUAUGAGGCCUGUGUUAUGGGUCUACAAGCAGCAAUUAAAAAGAAGAUCAAAGUGUUAGAUGUGUUUCAAGAUUCAGCUUUAGUCCUUCAGUUACGAGAUGAAUGGGAAACAAGAGACUCUAAGUUGAUUCGGUACCAUAAAUACAUCUCUGAGUUGGUUAAGCAAUUUAAAGAAGUUCAGUUUGAGCAUCUACCUAGAGAGGAAAACAAAAUUGCUGAUGCACUGGCUACUCUAGCUGCAAUGAUCAAAAUAGAUGCAAGUACUGAAAUCCAACCCAUCAAGCUGGAUGUGAAAGAUGUACCGGCACAUUGCUCAGGUGUUGAAAAAGAAGUUGAUGGGAAGCCAUGGUAUCAUGAUAUCAUGCAAUACAUUAAAAGCCAGCAAUACCCAAAACAUGAAACUAAAAAUGAUAAGAGGACUAUCAGAAGAUUGGCUAUGAGUUUCUUCAUUAAUGGACAUAUCCUUUACAAAAGAGGUCGAGAUCAAGUGCUCUUAAGAUGUGUAAAUGCAGCUGAAGCAAAGAAGAUUAUUGAAGAAGUGCAUGAUGGAGUUUGUGGGGCACAUGCAAAUGGUCAUAUGAUGGUUAGACAAAUUAUGAGGGCUGGUUAUUAUUGGUUGACAAUGGAGAGUGACUGUAUUGAUUAUGCUAGGAGAUGUCAUAAAUGUUAGAUUUAUGCUGACAAGAUUCAUGCUCCACCAUCAACAUUACACGUUCUAGCUCCUCCCUAGCCAUUCUCAAUGUGGGGUAUGGAUGUCAUUGGUCCCAUCACUCCAAAAGCUUCGAACGGGCAUAGAUUCAUUUUUGUGAUGAUUGAUUACUUCACCAAAUGGGUAAAGGCUGCAUCAUAUGCUAGCAUGACCCGAUCUGUGGUAUGUAAGUUCAUAAAAAGAGAGAUAAUAUGCAGAUAUGGGCUUUCGGAGACAAUUAUUUCUGAUAAUGCCAAAAACUUGAACAACAAAAUGAUGAAUGAAGUAUGCACUCAAUUCAAGAUUUGCCAUCAUAAUUCAGCACCAUAUCAUCCAAAAAUGAAUGGGGCAGUGGAGGCUGCAAAUAAGAAUAUCAAGAGAAUCCUAGAGAAAAUGACUGAAACUUACAAAGAUUGACAUGAGAAGUUACCUUUUGCCUUGCAUGCUUAUAGAACAUCAGUCAGAAUGUUUACUGGAGCCACACCGUUCUCUUUGUUAUAUGGUAUGGAAGCUAUGCUACCAGUCGAAGUGGAAAUUCCCUCACUGAGAGUCCUGAUGGAGGUAGAGUUAGAGGAAGCAGAAUGGGUUCGAAAUCGCUACGAGCAGUUAAACCUCAUAGAAGAGAAAAGACUGUCAGCACUUUGUCAUGGUCAAUUAUAUCAAAAGAGGAUGAUGAGAGCACAUGACAAGAAAACUCGUCCCCAUUGCUUUAGGGAAUGAGACUUAGUGUUAAAAAGAUUCCUUCCAAAUCAACAUGAUAAUCAGGGGAAAUGGACACUAAAUUGGGAAGGCCCGUAUAUGGUGAAAAAGGCUUUUUCUGGUGGGGCAUUGAUUUUGGCAGAAAUGGAUGGAGGUGAUUUACCUACCCUAAUAAAUUCAGAUGUUAUGAAGAAAUAUUUUGCUUAA